ACAAAAAUGAUCAGUUAUGACACGGCUUACGUAAAAUUACAAUUAUGCUUAAAAUUAUGAGAUCAAAAUAAGUAAUAUCGUAUGAUUCAGUAUUUUAAUUUUAUAUAAAAUUUGACACGAGGUUCUUAAUUUUAAAGUCAAAACUGUUAUUUAGAUACCACUUCCCUAACUCUAUUACGUUGUACCUACUUUCGUGGUCUUAUUAAAAAUAUAAUACAACAUUGUUGUGUUUAAAAGUAAAAUAUUCAUCAAUUUUUGCAGGCUGUAAUAUGAUAUGCAAUGUCAGUUUCUCUUUGUGUGCUUAGAUUUGAAUUAACUGAAGAUAAUUAUAAUGUAGAUGAAAUUCAACAGCAAACAUUAACCAACUGGGAUAAAAGAAAAAUCAUGUCUGCAAGAGGAUGCCGUAAAUCUAGAGAACUCAAAAUAGAAACUUAUGGAAGUGCAGAUGAACUUAUUGAUGAAAAUUUAAAAAAAAAAGACUUUAUUAAGAAGUCUAAAUCAAAUUCAUUGAAGAAAAAAAAUAAACUUAAAAAAGAACAAAGUACAAUGAGUAAAACAGAAAAAAUAAAUUUUAUAUCAGGAAAUCCAUUUGUUGAAGUUACUAAAGGUGUUCUUCAUGUAUAUAAAGAAAAUAUAUUAACACCAGUAGAUAAAGCAAGUAAUCGAAGUCAGAUGGUGUGUAUACUAUCAGUCCCUUCAAAUAUGAACUGUCAUGACUUGAUGACAUUUAUUGCUGCUUGUCAAGAAAAUAUACAUCAUAUAAGAAUAAUUAGAGAUGCAAUUUCUUUAAACCAAUAUAUGACUUUGAUUUCAUUUAGAACUCAAGAAGCUACAAUGGAUUUUUUUCAUUCUUUUAAUGGUAUGCCUUUUAACUCUCUUGAACCAGACUGCUGUUGCAAUCUUGUAUUUGUUUCUAAAAUAGAAGUUAUAAAAGAAGAUCAGCCAGGAUGUAGUGCACCACCAUCUCAGCAUACAGAGUUGCCUGUGUGUGCUGUUUGCUUAGAACGUAUGGAUGAAUCUGUUGAUGGAAUAUUGACAAUUUUAUGUAAUCACUCUUUUCAUGGUAAUUGUUUAACAAAAUGGGGUGACACAAGUUGUCCUGUUUGCCGAUAUGUUCAAACCCCGGAGUCAGUCCCUGAUAAUCAGUGUCAAGAAUGCCAUUCUUCAGAGUCUUUAUGGAUAUGUCUUAUAUGCGGUUAUGUAGGUUGUGGUAGAUAUGUUCAAGGACAUGCAUAUAAUCACUAUUUAGAAACAUCACAUUGCUAUUCAAUGAAUUUAGGCAAUAAUCGUGUAUGGGAUUAUGUUGGGGAUAAUUUUGUUCAUCGUCUGGUUCAAAAUAAAGGUGAUGGAAAAUUAGUUGAAGGAAGUAAUCCUGGAAAAUUAGAUGAUACAGAUCAGAAACUAGAAUCUAUUCAAUUAGAAUUUACCUACCUUUUAACUACUCAGCUAGAAUCUCAGAGAAAAUUUUUUGAAAACCAAAUGAAACAAUUUGAAGAAAACAACUAUGCACAAGUUAGUAAAAUUCAAUCAAAGGCUAAUGCUGCAACUGAAGAAAACAAAAAAUUGAAAAAAAUUAUUCAUGGUACAAAUAAAGAUAGUGACAUUUUAGAAAAAAAAGUGGAAGAAAACAAGAAUCUUUUAGAACGUAUCAAUACUAUUAAUAAAGAAAAACUUAAUUUAGAAAAAAAAAUAAACAACUUGAAUAUUAAAUUAGAACAAACAAAGAGUAAAUUAGAUGAAGAAUCCCAGAUAAAUUUUGCUUUACAGAAAAAUCAAGUUGAGUGGCAAGUGAAAUUUUCUCAAUUAGAAAAAGAAUUCACAAAUUAUAAAACUGUUAAAGACCAAGAAAUUACUGAAUUAAAAGAGCAAGUAAGGGACCUUAUGUUUUUUUUAGAAGCUCAAAAUACAAUUGAUAAGAGUGAUUGUCGAGAAGAUAUUUUAAAUGGAUCUUUGAUUGUUGAUGAUCAAAAUACUAAAGCAGGUUCUAGUAAAUCACGUAAUCAUAAAAAACAAAGGUAAUUUGUAGUUAUUUCUUGAAAUACAUAUUAAUGUGAUUUUAAAUGUAUUCCUAACUAUAGAUAUUUAGUAAUAUAUUUGUUAAAUUUAAUUUGUUAUUAAUAAAUAAUAUAAAAUUUUCUAUCUUGUA